AUAAUAAUAUUAAUUAUCAAAAUUAGUAUCCUCUUCUUCCUCAAUAAUAAUUUCCAUUUCCUCCAUACAAAAACCCUAUUUUAGCCCCUCUCUCUCUCUCUCCUGUUCGUCGCAGAGGGAGACUCGGCGAUCAUCGAGAUCCUCAAUGCAAUAACUGGGGACGAAUGCGAAUCCGCAAUCUGCAGAAUUUGUAGAAUUGCUUUCCGUAGUGAUGGUGACUGGUUUUGCCUCUGAUCUCCAAGCUUCGAGGUCGAUUUUGUCUUGCAAAACCCUGAAUUGAACUGAUCGGGUGUGGAGGUUUAGUGUUCUUGCAAUUUGACAUGAAAAGUUUUGUUGGACACUGAGGAGGAAAGAUGGUCAAGAUUACUAUGAUUGCUCGUGUUACUGAUGGUCUCCCACUGGCAGAAGGACUGGACGAUGGCCGAGAUGUGAAUGAUGCCGAGUUUUACAAGCAGCAAGUCAAAGCUUUGUUUAAGAAUCUGUCCAAGGGACAAAAUGAGCCUUCGAGAAUGUCAAUUGAAACCGGUCCUUACAUUUUCCAUUACAUCAUCGAAGGACGGGUCUGUUACUUGACUAUGUGUGAUCGUGCUUAUCCUAAGAAACUCGCAUUCCAAUACCUCGAGGAUCUCAAGAAUGAGUUCGAGCGUGUUAAUGGAGCUCAAAUUGAAACUGCAGCCAGACCUUAUGCCUUUAUUAAGUUUGAUACCUUUAUACAAAAGACCAAGAAACUAUAUCAGGAUACACGCACUCAGAGGAAUAUAGCAAAGCUGAAUGAUGAACUCUAUGAGGUCCACCAGAUCAUGACCAGGAAUGUGCAGGAGGUUCUUGGUGUUGGAGAGAAGUUGGAUCAGGUUAGUGAAAUGUCCAGUCGUUUAACGUCGGAAUCGCGCAUAUAUGCAGACAAAGCUAGGGAUUUAAAUCGGCAGGCACUGAUUCGAAAAUGGGCCCCGGUUGCUGUUGUGCUCGGAGUUGUGUUCCUCCUCUUUUGGGUCAAGUCAAAGUUAUGGUGAGAAGGCCGCCUUCCCACAAUCCCUCGCCCAGUUCUUUUUGUCCAUCGUUGCUAUUGCGGGGUUCAGGGACUCUGAAAUCGGGUGGAGGAUCUACAUAGAACAAGUCACAUUUUGAAUUCUCUUCUAGUUAAAUCUCUCUCCCAUUUGUAUCAGACCUGGAUUAAUUGAGUCAGUAGUGGAUAUGUACGUGAAAGUAGCGAGGAGAGAUUCUUUCUUUUAUGACAGACUGAGGAACUAACGAUCAUUUUCGAUGAGAUGAGAUUGUCUUCUAUACAAGUGAACCUAGAAAACUUUUAAGACGUGUAUGGUGAUUCUUGUACCGGCAACAAUAUCCUCUGUAGUGGCAGUUGGUGGAUUCCGUUUA